CAUUAUUUUGUCGGAGGUGAUUGCCGCCAAUAAUAAUUUAACUGUCUGCCUCAUUGCCACUACCUUCUAUCGUAUCAAGCAACAUGAAAUUCACAGCUGCUUCCCUCGUGUUUCUGCAGCUUCUGCUAAAUAAUGGCAGCCAUGCCUUUUCUGUGAACCAAUAUACUCCCACCGAUGCUGCUAUGACGCGCAUGAGUGCCACUGUGGAGGCAGCAGCUGAUGAAAAGGUGACCGAGCACAACCACUGUCAAGAACCAGGGGAUCGGGAUAUCUUGGUCCGUGCUGCUCGUGGAGAAACUGUGGAACGAACUCCUGUCUGGAUGAUGCGACAAGCUGGUCGAUACAUGGCAGCCUUUCGUGCAUAUUCCACCAAGUAUGAAUUCCGACAAAGGUCUGAAACUCCUGCCAUGGCCACGGAGCUGUCCUUGCAAUGUCACCGCAAAUAUGGAAUGGAUGGAAUCAUUAUGUUUUCCGACAUUCUGACACCCCUGCCUACUUUGGGCAUUGACUUUGAUGUAGUGAGAGGUACUGGACCCGUCAUCUCUACAGAAAUCAGAACAGAAGAAGAUGUCGAUGCCUUGGCCACUGCCACCAAGGACAGUUUUGAUGAAAAGCUUCCCUUUAUUCGAGAAAUUCUAGGAGAGCUCUCCAAGGAAGCACAAGAAAUGAAUACUUCUUUGAUUGGAUUUGUUGGAGCACCCUUUACUUUGGCAUCCUACACCAUUGAAGGAAAGUCCAGCAAAAACUGCCUGGAGACAAAGAAAAUGUUAAUGUCUGAUGACCGUGGAGAUGACAAGGCUGUCUCCAAAUUCUUGGAUAAGUUGGCCAACAUGAUUGGCAUGUAUGCCUGUCAUCAAAUUGAAUGUGGAGCGCAAGUCAUUCAAGUCUUUGAGAGUUGGGCCCAUCAACUCAACCCUGAUCUAUUUGAACAGUUUGCCAAGCCAGCUGCUCAAAAAGCCAUUCAAAUCAUCAAAGAACAACACCCUGAUGUCCCUGUCAUUUAUUUUGCCAAUGGAGGAUCCUCUUAUUUGGAAAAGCAACGUGAUAUGGGAGCUGACAUGAUUGCUGUUGAUUGGGCUGUAGACAUGGCAGAAGCACGGAAAAUUUUGGGGCCUGACGUUGCCAUUUCUGGCAACAUUGAUCCCACCAUUCUGUUUGGAUCCAAAGAACAGAUUGAACAGGCUGUUCGGGACUGUAUUGAUAGAGCUGGGGGUCCAGGAAAGCAUUUGCUCAACCUGGGUCAUGGAGUCAUGCAAGGCACCCCUGAAGAAGCUGUUGGUUGGCUGGUUGAUGAAUGUAAACGAUACAAGGGCAAGGAUGCUUAAAAUAGUGGGUAUACCAGGCUAGCUGCUGUUGUCAAAAUUUCGUAUAGGUGUGGCAAUCAAAGACAGCGGCUUUAGUGUAUCAAUGUGGCUCUUUCUUACGAAUGAUUCAUCCCCUUACCAAAGGAUCCCAGAGUAUGAGAGUUGCCUUUUAAAACACUAGCUCAGCAAACCUGUGGCUGUUGGACGGAAACCAAGUUGAGGCUCCAUAAUGCCAAGCCUCAAGAUGGAUUGUGGCUGUGGUCCCGGUGAUACGACGAUUCGGUCGAUGGAGGCGCCCUGUGUGCUGCUCGCGUAAAACCCAACACUCUCGAAGUGGCCAUUUUCGUGAGAAAGUGGGCGCCGCCGUGCAAACAACGGUGGAACAAGGCAGGUCUUCAAUCCGCGGGGGCAAGGAAGCGUUCAAACGGCGUGUCAAGUGAUGCGAAGAGGUGGGCAACGGUAGUCUUGAUUUAGAAUAUUGGUGCUCGUUGCAAUCCGUAGCUAGCUCGAACCCAAGCAUCAUCCCCCGCCUCUUCUUUCGUGAUGCUGCUCGCCUGGCUAGCCAGCAAUUGCAACUGUUUUUUUUUAAGCCGGUGCGUUCCUAGAGUCGCACCGUGCCGGUGUUUAUUGUUACAUUAUCUAAUCUACUAGCUUUGCCUAGUUGUUGGCAUGUGAUCACAUCAUUGGUGUGUGUUGCUUUGCUUACUCCUCAGUCAAGGCUCAAAUCUUGCCAGCCAGUGUACUGCGUGGAUGCUGUUGUUCUCAGCCAACCCUUGGGUGGCGCCGGUAUAUGCCGCAUUCCGACGUCGCUCUCCGUCCCACCAAAGGAAUGCUGCAUGGCACUCCCAUGCAACAUGGAAUCAUUGUCAUAGUAUCCCGCCCCGCCCUUGUCAAAUACCUCAAACACUUCGGCUCUGUGCGUGGGAGAGGAAGGCGCUUCCACGUCGCUGCAACUUGCUGCUUUACGCGCAUGAACCGGAACCUCCUUGUGUGUCCAGCCAACUUGCAACAGUUCGGCGACAUCUUGUUCCGUUUUCAAGAACCAAACUUCCUGUCGUUCAGUGGCUCUAGUUUCGGCCGUUCUUCUCCGCAACGUGGCCGAAAGCACAAUCCCCAUCACUGUCGCCAGCGUGGUCAGAAGCAUCCCUAGACCCAACCGCGCAUGAGAGUUGUUGGAAUCGUCGUCGAGCAAUCCAUGAGUGAACGUCCCUUCAACAGUAGCUCCUGGUUCUUCCACUCCAAUAGUUGGCGCUACUGUUUCUGGGAUCUUCGGGAAAAAGUCGUCGCCUAUCUCAAUGGUGUCGUCUUCGAAGAGAAAAUCCAAAUCAUGUUCUGACCCAGGAGUGGCCAGCGCAAUGAUCUGAUGG